AUAGAAGUGGAGUGUCAUCAGAGAGUGUGAGCUCAGAGACAGGGCAGUUUCUCUUUUCCAAUCUCCAAUUCUUUGUUUGAUGGCAGGUUUGAUGUAUCGGGCUGCCCAAAUCUCAGUUUGCGGAUAUGGGUAUACUCUCUUCAACUCUCAAUUUCCACCACAGAAGCAGCAGACCCAUAAGAGAGGAAGAGGGCAUAGACGUCUCUUCAAUUUCUCUGCCAUUUCUUGUACCAGCAUUGAGACUGAGAAUUCGAUUCCCGUUUCCGUGAAAGCGCUGGCGUCAAUUGUUCUGAGUAGAAGGUUGCUGGCCAUCUCCGUUUUAGCUGCUUCGCUUCUACCCAGCUGCUCUGAAGCCCUUGAAGGAGGAAGAGAGGAAUUGGAGCUCGAAAGGUACACCGACCCAAAAGAUGGUUUCACUUUUCUCAGACCCUCUUCUUGGAUUAAGGUUGAUAAAGCUGGAGCUACUGUUCUCUUUGAGGAUGCGAGCAAGGGAUCCAACAAUGUUGGGGUUGUGGUGAGCCCUGUGAAGAUCACCAGCCUAACUCAAUUUGGAACUCCUCAGUUUGUGGCUGAAAAACUCAUCCAGGCCGAACGCCGAAAGGAAAGCACCGUAGGUGCUGAAUUGGUUGCAGUAUCCGAGAGGUCAGGGAAGGGAGGCAUUGAAGUUUACGAGUUUGAGUACAAAGUGGAUAGCUCCAGGGGAGGAAUGAAGAGGGUGUUUUCUGCUGCUUUUGUGUUAUCUAAGAAGCUGUAUCUUUUGAAUAUUACUCACUCUGAUGGAUUAGCAAAUCCACUGGACCCAGAUAGGCGAAAAGUCUUGGAAGAGGUUCUUCAUUCGUUUGACGUUGAUCAACAUCAGUAUGCAUUCUUUUGCGCCCCUGAUUAUUCCUGUCUUCCUCUUGUUGUAUAGGUAAGAAUUUCUUGUGCCAAUAAACACAGUACAAAAUUGCUGGCAAUGACCCUCUGGCACGGAGGUUCACUGUAUCUGUAUACUGCGUUCCAUUGAUUUAUAGGACAUGUGAAAUUACCUCAACCCAAACCCAUUUAGAAACUUUUGUUUUUCAAGAGCAACAUUUUACCAAUCCUUGAGAUUGCAUCUAUUUACUUGGUGUUUUGAUGCU